AUGACUGACAGAAAUCGAAAAGCGUCGACUAAUGCCUGGAUUUGCCCAAACGACCGCCAAUUAUGUCUAAGGGCGAAAUUAAAUAUUGGUUGGUCGUACCAUUCCGAUUCACCUAGAGGUAGCGGUAACGAACUGGCUCAAAAUGAAAAAAAACAAAUCAUGCAAGUUCUUCAAAAGGCUGAAAACUUGGAAAAAAUGGAACAAGAAAGAAUCGGUCGUUUAGUGGAGAAGCUUGAUAAUAUGAAGAAUCACGCCGUUGGAGAUGGUGAAAGAUCAUGUAUACUGUGUGGAGUCACUUUUAGUACGUUUGGCACCACGCCUACGCCUUGUAACGAUUGUAAAAAGGGUGUAUGUUCGAAGUGCGGUGUCGAUACUUAUAACAGUCGAAAGCAACCACUAUGGUUAUGUAAACUCUGUAGUGAACAGAGAGAGCUAUUAAAACGCUCAGGUGCCUGGUUUUACAAGUCUAUGCCAUCAUACAUUAUGCCAGUUAAAAAUGCUGAUAAUUUAGGCUCGAAAAACAUCAGAUCUGUAGUAAUAGCUAUACUUGAUUUACUUUUAUGUAAACGUAAGUACCUCAAUUAUGAUGUUAAAAUUUUGCUAUUUUGUUACAUCCUAAUUAAUAUCCCACAGACUGCAUCGGCAACAUCAAGCACAUCCAAAGACAACUACGGAACUUCAUUAACGAAAAGGCCGACCAUGCAAGCGGACGGAAGCAGCGAAGAUGAAACCGAUACCUCUCUAUCUACUGACUCCGAUACCGAUGACGGGUCAUCUAAUGAUGACAGUAUUGGUAUCAAUGAUUCAGUUAAACCUAGACCGGCAUGGGCAUCGUUGGCACAUAAGGAACAUUCUAGCAAUAGCGAAAUCAGCUUAAAAAAAAGUAUGGAUGAUGAGCGCAAUGAAGAAAGUAGCGAUUAUAGCAGCGAAGUGAGUUUUUCUGCCUCAAAAGUAAAUCCAAAAGAGAAAGCAGAAAAUGAGAACGAAAUUAAUUUGGCUUUUCAAGAAUUUAAACCUUCACAGGCGGACUUUCGUAGUCCAAUUACGGAAAAUGAAAGCAUUGAUAGUACUGGCAAUGAAGGAUUAGGAAGCCUAGACUUCUCUGUCUUAUUCGAGCCGAUUGAUUUCAAACUACAUGUGACUAUUAUAAAAGCUAAGAAUUUAAAAGGUAUGGGCAAACAUGGAGUUGAUCCUUACGUGAAACUUCAACUGUUACCUGGAUCUAGUAAGUCGAAUAAAAUGCGAACGAAACAAAGUAAGACCUGUAAUCCCGAGUUUAAUGAAACAUUGACCUAUUUGGGUGUAACAAAGGAUGAUAUUGCGAGAAAAACCUUAAGAGUUUACGUUAUGAACCAUGAUCGAUUCUCUAGUGAUACAGUCAUUGGUAUAUAUAAUUUAAAAUUAAAAGAUAUUGGAGAUGUUAUGAAACGUUUUAAUGACGUACCGUUGCACAAAAUAUCACAGGUAUUAGAAAUUCAUGUGAAUUCAAUAGAAAGAGGACGAAUUGAGAUAUCCCUUAAAUAUGUUACAGCAACGCGUACACUAGAAGUAGGCAUAAUUCAGUGCAUCGGACUAAAAGCUAUGGAUGCUUCCGGAUAUUCAGAUCCUUACGUAAAAUGCUAUCUUAGACCGGAUAAAUACAAAAUUACUAAACAGAAAACAUCAGUCAAAAGGAGAACUUUAAACCCAAAAUUUAAUGCUGUAUUUAAAUAUAAGUACGCUCAUAGCGAGCUUGCUGGGAAGACAUUAGAUAUCCAAGUAUGGGAUCGUGACAUUGGACGUAAAAAUGAUUUUAUAGGUGGUGUCUAUCUCGGUAAAGACUCAAGCGGAGAUCAAUUAAGGCACUGGUUUCAAACACUAAAGACACCUAACGCGAAAUUCACCCAUUUUCACACUCUAACAGACGAAUUACGACACCCAGCAGAAUAG